GCAAUUUAUUUUAAAAUUAAACAUUAAUAUCAAAAAAUGUGUGCAGCCCACGGAACAAACUAGUACAAAACACAAACCCUAAUUUCGAUCUCUCUCACCAACACCGCAGUAUCUUCUCGGUCGCCGCCGUAUUCUCCACCGUCCCCACCUUAACGCCGCAUCAGAUCUUCCAUUUGAGUACUCGAGUUCAAGAUUUCCAUCAGUCAUGGCAACUAGACUUCAGUUUGAGAAUAAUUGUGAUAUUGGAGCUUUCUCUAAACUUACAAAUGCAUAUUGUAUGGUUGCCAUUGGAGGUUCGGAAGGCUUCUACAGUGUAUUUGAAUCUGAGCUAUCUGGUGUUAUACCUGUGGUGAAGACAUCUGUUGCUGGCACCCGCAUUGUUGGUCGUCUUUGUGCUGGAAACAAGAAUGGGCUUCUCUUGCCCCAUACCACCACAGACCAAGAACUUCAACAUUUGAGAAACAGUCUACCUGAUCAAGUUGUUGUUCAGAGGAUAGAAGAAAAACUAUCUGCUCUAGGGAAUUGUAUUGCAUGUAAUGACCACGUGGCCCUCACUCACACCGAUCUUGACAGGGAAACCGAGGAGAUAAUUGCAGAUGUUCUUGGAGUAGAAGUUUUCAGGCAAACCAUUGCUGGUAACAUUCUUGUUGGUAGUUUCUGCGCCCUCUCAAAUAGAGGUGGUUUGGUCCACCCUCACACAUCCAUAGAAGACUUGGAUGAACUUUCUACACUACUACAAGUUCCUUUGGUUGCUGGAACUGUGAACCGAGGUAGUGAAGUGAUAGGUGCUGGAAUGAUAGUUAACGACUGGACAGCAUUUUGUGGUUCAGACACUACAGCAACAGAGCUUUCUGUAAUCGAGAGUGUUUUCAAGCUGAGGGACUCGCAACCUAGUGUCAUUGUCGAUGAGAUGAGGAAAUCCCUCAUUGACAGCUAUGUUUGAAAAUUGGUAAUACUAGUGACUUUUGGUAAGGUGUUUUAAAUUUUGGUUAUAGUUUUGUCUAAUGCUGUUCCAAAAAGGAUUGUUUGUGGGAUCGGUUGUUGAUUGUCGGGCCUGUAAAACAAAGGUAUAUUGGGUUUAGUAUGGAUUAAUAGAAAAUGAUGCUUAAACUCUUGUUCUGUUCAA